GUGUUUCCGUCGGACAGGCGCAGUUUGUCCCUCUGCGCUUCCCGUCGCAGCUGAGCUCAGAGUACAAACUCGUCUCCUGGCGGAUUACGCUCGUGCGCUUCGCUGUCGUCAUGCACCGAUUGAAGAUCCUCGCGGGCCACUUGUCGCCCCCCGGCGCGGCGGCGGGAGGGACGCGGGAUGUGGGGGCGGCGGAGUGCGGGUCCGCGGGCGGCAGCGGCCCGCAGGACGUGGUGGUGGUGCACGGACGGAGGACCGCCAUCGGGAAGGCGAAGAGGGGCGCGUUCAAGGACACCACGCCUGACGAGCUGCUGAGCGCCGUGAUGACAGCUGUGCUUACAGAUGUUGGACUUUCACCCGACAAGCUGGGAGACGUUUGCGUCGGUAACGUGCUGCAGCCCGGUGCCGGUGCUCUGAUGGCCAGAGUGGCUCACUUCCUCAGCGGGUUUCCGGAGACGGUGCCGUGCUACACCGUCAACCGGCAGUGCUCCUCCGGCCUGCAGGCGCUGUUCAACAUCGCAGGAGCCAUCAGGAGCGGAUCCAUCGACCUGGGACUCGCCUGCGGCGUGGAGAGCAUGUCUCUGCGUGCCAUAGGAGAACCUGGAGAUCUGAGCUCCAGGGUGACGGAGGUGGACAAAGCCAGAGACUGCAUCAUCCCGAUGGGAAUCACCUCGGAGAACAUCGCAGAGCGAUUCGGGGUCUCCAGAGAGAAGCAGGACGCCUUCGCUCUCAGCUCUCAGCAGAAAGCGGCGCGCGCGCAGACCUCCGGUCGGUUCCAGCGGGAGAUCGUCCCCGUCGCCGUCAGGCACGCGGACGGCGGCGCAGAGCGCGAGGUGCUGGUCGCCGAGGACGACGGGAUCCGAGCGGGCACCACGCUGGCGGGACUGAGCAAGCUGCGGCCGGCCUUCAAGCCCGACGGCAGCACCACGGCAGGUAACUCCAGCCAGGUGAGCGACGGGGCGGCGGCCGUGCUGCUCGGUCGCCGGGCGGCGGCGGAGGCUCUGGGGCUGCCCGUGCUGGGGGUCCUGAGGGCCAGCGCGGUGGUGGGGGUCCCGCCGGAUCUCAUGGGGAUCGGACCGGCGUUCGCCAUCCCCGCAGCUUUGCAGCAGGCGGGGCUGACGGUGGCCGACAUGGACGUGUUUGAGAUCAACGAGGCCUUCCCCAGUCAGGCGGUGUACUGCGUGGAGAAGCUGGGCAUCCCGCUGGAGAAGGUGAACCCCAACGGGGGCGCCAUCGCGCUGGGUCACCCUCUGGGCUGCACCGGAGCCCGCCAGGUGGUGACGCUGCUCAACGAGCUCCGGCGCCGAGGCCGCAGGGCGUACGGCGUGGUGUCCAUGUGCAUCGGCACCGGGAUGGGGGCGGCCGCCGUGUUCGAGUACCCCGGAGGAGCGUAGAGGCCACAAGCCCCCUUCAGACUCCUCGCAUUGACUCCUUCGUGAUGGACCUUCUGCUGGAACACGUGUGGAGCGAAGACGUGCGACUGGUCCCACGUCUGGAAGAGGCUGCAAAGCAAAUUAAUUCCCUUGUACUUCAGAUGUUAAUACGUUUCAUAUUAAGUGCCUUUGAUUCCAUGUCGCUAAUCAAGCCACUGAUGUUUCUUGCUGCAAUUCUUUAAUUAAAAAGGUGGAAAAGCUGCAGACAAAAUGUGUUCUGUCAACAAGUUAAACAACAACAACAACCUUUGUUGUUACACAGACGUGCAAAAUGAUUUGCAGGACUGAAGCUGUGCAUCGACGCUUCAGCAUCCCGAUGUACAGAAAUCCAAACCUGUGCUUUGUUCUGUAAAUGAACGUCUCAUCAACAUCUA